AUGCUGGCUCCUACAACCGAUUUGUUCUACUGCUACUUCAAAGCGUGGAAUUUCCCGAAUUGUGUCGGCUGCAUAGAUGGUAAACACAUUCGAAUAAAAUGUCCUAAAAACUCGGGAUCGAUAUAUUAUAAUUAUAAACAAUAUUUUUCGAUUGUGUUGCAAGGCAUAGCUGAUGCAAAUUACAAGUUUGUGACUAUUGAUGUUGGUGCUUACGGAAAGCAAAGCGAUGGAGGAAUAUUUUCUCUCUCCAAUAUCUACAAGUGUUUAAAGACGAACACAUUCAAUAUGCCAAGCCCUGAAUAUUUGCCCUCAACAGAAAUCAAAGCUCCUUAUGUAAUAUUGGGUGACGAAGCAUACCCACUGAAGCCAUAUUUACUUAAGCCAUAUUCUAGACCAUAUCUCUCAAAUGAAGAGCGAGUUUUUUUUCUAGAGCUCGACGUUGCAUUGAAUGCGCAUUCGGUAUACUAG